CCUGAAUGUGUGUGAGCAAAAAAAGACUAGUUCCGCGACCGUCUACGAGGCAAUACGUAAUUGCUGGCCGGAGAUAUUUCUAUGUGAAACGUUUUCACGUUUUAACGCAAUCGUUUAUCGUCCGUCGAUAGCCGUACCUUUCCAUACUUCGGUCGAACAGAAUCCCUUGCAAGAAUCAAAUACAGUGGCAAUUGCUGUGUCAAGUCUGCAGAGCCGAAGCUGUAAUCCGUGCGUGACGUUAGCUGCCAUCCCAUUCGGGGUGAAGUGGAUGCAAGGCCAAAAAUGAGGGCAAUAAGCUUAAUUAUUGCACUGACGGCGGUAGUAUGCUGUAAUGCGGCAACUCCUCAACCACAACUACGGUUUGCAUGGAAGGAAGUAGACUUCGUAUGGGAUUCUCCAGAGCAACGGGAAACUGCCAUAAAAGAUGGAGUCUUUGUUCCAGCUAACAAUCUCCCCCUAGGCUUAGCGAAAUGGAAGAACAAAGUCUUUGUCACCGUACCCAGAUGGAAGAAUGGAGUUGCUUCUUCUCUAAAUUACGUUGAUAUCGAUGGACCACAAGACCAACCAUUGAAACCAUAUCCAUCUUUAAAAGACAAUCUUGUAGCUGAUUCCGCGAAAGACACACCAUCAAACAGUUCGAUUGUAUCAGUUUUUAGAGUAUAUGUUGAUCCCUGUGAAAGACUCUGGGUCAUGGAUACAGGAUUGGCUGAUAUUUUAGGAUCUCCAAAUCAAGUUACCGGCCCAUCAUUGGCUAUAUUUGACUUAAACACAGACCAGCUAAUCCACCGUUAUUUCUUCAAAGUGACUGACAUGAAAGAGGAUUCAUUCUUCGCUAACGUUGUCAUCGAUGUAGAUAAGGACACAUGUGACAACGCAUUCGCCUAUGUGCCCGAUUUAGGAGCCUACGGUGUUGUCGUGUACAGCCUCAAGCAAGAUGACUCUUGGCGAGUUAGCCACCACUACUUCCACUUUGAACCUUUAGCUGGUACCUACAAAGUAGGUGGGAUCGAAUUCCACUGGACCGAUGGCGUGUUUGCCUUAGCACUGUCCGAGCCUCGAGAGAACGGAUUCCGCACCAUGUUCUUCCACGCAUUCUCCAGUACUAAGGAAUUCUGUGUGUCCACUGAGCUACUUAGAAAUUACACAUACAUUGAUAAAAACGAGGCAUUCAACGACUUCAAGCUUUUGGGUGACCGUGGUGAAAAAACUCAGUCUUCAGCCAGCUUCUACGACCCCAACACCAGUGUGCUAUUCUAUACCCAGAUAAAUCGCGAUGGAAUCGGCUGCUGGAACUCAAAUAAGCCCUACACUCCAGAGACCAACCCACUGCUCUUCAGCGACCCCAAUUUGUUCGAAUUUCUUAACGACUUGAAGGUGGAUGACGAAGGAACUUUAUGGCUGCUCAGUGACAAGCUUCCUCGUUUUCUCUACAAAUCCCUAGACCCUAACGAAAUCAAUUACAGGAUAUUCAGCAUCAAUACCAAAGAUGCCAUUGCUGGAAGUGUUUGUGAAUAAAGAGACUAACUAUUUCUAUCAGUUAACUAUGUACAAAUGAGAGACUAGAGCGUUUUAAUUGAAGGGCUGAGCGAGCGAGUUGAGAAAAGCUAGAUUUGCGAAAAUAGACCAAUAAGAUAAAUGAAUGACAGCGUGAUAAAAUUAUAAAUCGUAUUCUGUCAGUUACCUAGUUUGGGUUUUUUUUACAUUUACGAUUAAUGUUCUUACCAAGUAGCUGUAACUUUUAUGAAACAAGAUUGUCUCUAACGGGUAAAUAUUUCGUAACGGUAUCAGCGAACGAAAUCCAUUAACCAAUUAAUGAGCUUUAAUGAGGUUUCGUUGUAUGAGCGUUGACUGGGUUGAUUGACCUUCCGUGUUUGGUUUAAAUAUAGCAAAGCGACGGGGCCCGUGGUAAGUGCUUUAAAAUUUAUUUGACCUGAAAAAAAAACCGUUACAGAGCGAUUGCAUGUAGCGUGUCCAAAUAAUUUAGAACGAGCUAAGCUGUAAUAGAGCUCAGUUUUACAAAAAUCUUAAUGGGCUACUGUUGUUUCAAGCAUUAGCUGUAAGUCUACGCUCAUCUCUUCUUUGUGCAAUCGCACCCUUAUAUUGUGUGUCCGCUAGAACAGUGAUGUGAUCAAAUAGUUAAAUUAUUGAUAAAAAAUAUUGAACUUUAAUAUGACUACUAUCUCUAAUAAUUCGGUAAAAUUUGCUAAAGGGUGGGUGUGUCAGAAGCACAUACCCUUAAAGUAGACAUUCUUCAUUAAAGCAUACUAUAUUUGCAUUUUAUUUUGUCAUAUAAAAACUGGUAUAUUAUGUUUUAUUUCUGCCGGUAUAUUUUAUGUUUGUCACUCAAAUAGUUUGCGAGCUUUGUGAAACUGCCUGCCGAUACGUGGGCGUCUGCUACCUAAGAGUAUAAGACUUGUCGCGUAGUGUAGGUACACCCGCGAUACAGAUAACUAAUAUCUAUCUGAUUAUAAUGAUUUUCCGUUAUAACAUUAUUUAAAUAUAACUACUUAAUUAUUCUAAAAUAUUUUCCAAAAUAGCAUGUUGACUAGCAAUGACUUUUGAGCGGGCAUACUGUAAACUGCUUAUACUAUAUAUAUUCGAAUUUGUCUGUAAAACAGCCAAUAACUACUAACCCUCAUACGUGGGGUUAAUAAAGAGACAUGACAUCAAAAAUGAUCCUAUGUGUCGACAUUAAGUUUAGUAAGUUUACUUCCGGUAUUAUACUUUUAGCUAUAUAACUGAAUUCGCCCCAUUAUUAUUUAAAGCAGAAAAAAUUCUCCGCUUGGAAAGAGAAUAUAAACAUAAGUUGUCUCUUUUUAAUAAUUAGCAAAACAAGUAAAGCUUCCAGUUUGAUCUUAUAUAAAAUUAUUAGUAUUAAGCACUUAUAUUGUGUUACCAGUAGAAUGUAUUUGAGAAUCUUUAGGCUUCGCGCCCACAUGGCAAUAUUACUGUCGAUAACAUUUAUGGCCUGUGGGCGGGGUGUUGAAGUAUUGAUAAAUAACAUUGUCAAAAAUGUUGACAGUGUAUGGGCAGCCUUAGUUCUUAAUAUUAAUUAUUUGUACAAAUAAACAUACCAUGACAAAUAGCUGCUUAAGGUAGGGAAACCUUAAACCUUUAACUGUGACUCAGUGAAACUAAUUUAAUUAUAAGUAUUUUGUUGUAUUUUAAUAGUAUUUAGUUUUAUCUAUGAA